GCUGGUAGUCACUGUUCAGACCAAUCUGAACUUUUGUUUAUCUUAAUAGUUGGCACAGUCAAUUAAGUUUCUAAAUUAUGUAAUGUCAAGCAUUGUACUGUGCAAUUUAGUUCAUAUUAUAACGUUGAUCUAUAAACAACAGUCUUUUGAUUCGACAUAAAAUAAUUGAACCUGAGAAACCGAUAUUCCUUAAACAUUUGGGGGCUCAACCGGGAUGUCGGUUGCUCAACCGUUUGUUUAUUUAAUUCGCGUUGUAGUUGUGAGAGAAAUCGGCUGUUUUUUUAUCAAAUUAUCGGUCGAUGAAAGUUUAUGUUCCGACAAGUGCGAACAAUCGCGUUCUAAGACAAUAGACAUUUUUGUGAAUCAUUCAAAUUUGUAUGUUUGUGAAAAGAAUCAAAUGGUUCUAGUUGUUUCAUCGAAAAGAUACGAUUUAAAGAGUCAAGUGUUCAGCGAGUUGGAAGUUUUACGAUUUGUGCCCAUUCUCUCAAUGUUCAUUUGUGAGAAAAACGUGGAUGGAAACAAAAGGUCGCUGGUUAACAAAAGAUCCACGUUGUCUCAAAUACACGCUUCGAAAAUAAUCAUCGAAUUGCAGUUUCAUGUAGUGGCUCAUGGAUUGGCUUCGUGCUCUACUGUCUUUCAGUGUUCAAUAAUGACAGAGAAGCUGAUUUUCGACUACAAAUUGGUGCAUUCGAGUAUCACUAUGCAAUUAGUGUAUGCCAGUACAGCUUGGUUGACGUCACCAUUUCUUUGUUUCAAAGUUAUCGUGUGCAAUAAUCGUCUACCAAAGACAAUCAAUGGAGUAGAGCAGUGGUCAUUUUAUGGUUUCAAUUUUGGUCAACUGCAAUCCGUACAGCGAAAACCGGAAUUUACAAUUUUGACUUUAUGUGUUUCAAUAGUCAAACAUCAUCGAGUAUUCCACAUUUCAAUCGUUUGUUCGAUUAAAGUUUCAUUUCGAGCAUUGGUUUCGGCGUCUCAUAACGGAUCAAGCAAUCAUUCCAGUUCGUCUUUAAGCGUGUCAAAGGCCGAACGAGUCGGAAGUUGCAAGGCUGACAGAUCAGCUGGAUUUAUUCAUCUUGCAGUAAUUGUUCCAACUGCCGUUUCUUCGUAUUAUUGUGGUCAAUUGCAGACAGUCAAUGGAGUAUCAAUGUGUGAACAAUUAGCGGAAUGUUUCUCGACUUGUUUAUGGAACAUGAGUAGUCUUCAACAUCGUUCGCUGGAGAAUGAAGCGCUCCAUGGUAUCCGAAAACGAUUAUCCAAGAGAUUCAUCAGUCGUCGGGCAAAACCUGCCAUUAUGUACAACAAAAAUGCUGCGAAUUUUGUGGACUGGAUAACAGAGCUUUCUAAGGCACAGCAGAGCGCACUGAGAGAACUCAAUCCUACAACAGCAAGUAAUUUCGGAGGAAUUUGGGAAGCAGCAGUGCAAUCAAUGAAGUUUCACCUCAAACAAAUUGUUGGGUCGUCACAUCUCACGUUUAAGGAGCUGACAAUUCUUUUUUGUCAAAUCGAGUGCGCAUUUAUUUCGAGACCAAUGUGCAGCCUGACCGAUGAGGAUUUGAAUUUGAGUUUAUUUUUGAGUAAAUUUUUCCGUUUCAUUCAUUUUAUCUUCCGAGCCAAUUUCAUUUCAUUUUGAAUUUUUUGUGUUAGUUUUAUUUGAAGACGAUUUAUAAUGUCUUGGCCGGGAGUAUGUUCAGACCAAUCUGAACUUUUGUUUAUCUUAAUAGUUGGCACAGUCAAUUAAGUUUCUAAAUUAUGUAAUGUCAAGCAUUGUACUGUGCAAUUUAGUUCAUAUUAUAACGUUGAUCUAUAAACAACAGUCUUUUGAUUCGACAUAAAAUAAUUGAACCUGAGAAACCGAUAUUCCUUAAACAGUCACUUGACGCAGAAA